CGGUCGCCUUCGGCUAGGCCUGCGAUUUCUCGUUCCACCAAGCACUAACUUUCCAGCGAAUUGGUCGUCUCCGCUCGCAGCUAAUUUUCCAGGAUCUAAAUCUCCGCAGAUGAACAAAGAUCAGGAGUCGGCGUGGCUUGAGGCGCAGGGGAUCGACAUCAGCGAGGACCUCGUAGCGGCUGCCCGGCGGCAGCUGGCUUUCCUCGCGGCCGUCGAUCGGCUGAGGCGUCUCUACGAUGGCCCCUUGUUGGAUCGCGCGAUCUGCAGGUACAAGGCUUGUUGGCUUCCUUUGCUGGCCAAACACUGUGAAUGUGGAGUAACAGAUGGAUCUCUGUAUGUUCCAUUGGACUGUGAAUGGAUAUGGCACUGUCAUCGACUCAAUCCGGUUCAAUACAAAAAGGACUGUGAGGAAACUUUUGGGAGGAUCCUGAAUAACCAUAAUGUUAAAUCCUCUCUGCAAGGAAAUUCCAAACUUGAAAUGACAGAAAAAUGGUCUAGGCUGUAUCCUGAGGAACCUUUUGAGCUUGACUGUAGCAGUACUUCUUCAGAGGAAAUUCUUGAUAAGUACCCCGGAGCUGCUUCAAGUAUUUCAUAUGACUUGGUUUCUGCUGUCAAAAGGCAGUCUUCUUUCUGCUACCAGGUCUCAAGACCAAGCAUGCAUGACAACCGCUUUCUUGAAGCAGCAGUGAACAGAUAUAAGGGGUUUCUCCAUCUAAUCAAGAAAAAUGAGGAUCAGUCAAAGAAACUCUUCUGCGUACCAACUUAUGACAUAGAUCUUAUAUGGCAUUCUCACCAGCUACAUCCAGCUUCUUACUGCAAUGACAUGAUUAAGCUGCUCGGGAAGGUAUUGGAGCAUGAUGACACAGACUCUGAUAGGUCCAAAGGAAAGAAACUUGAUGUUGGAUUUAGUGAAACUACAAAGCAAUGGGAAGAUACAUAUGGUUUGAGAUACUGGAGAGCUGGCACAAUGUACAGAGGCAAAUUCCCUUCUCAAGUAAUAUCCCAUUCAUAUUUCUCUAGCCAUCGGGAUGUAAACAAAACAAUACCUUAUAAUUCCCAGCAUUGCAUUGCACUUACUCACCCAAUGGUGGUUGAGGUACUUUUGGAGAUUGUGGAGGUAAAAAACUUACCAGACUGCCAAAAGGGUGACUUGUUUGUAUCUUUUAGCAAGAAAAAACCAGACGUGCUCUUCUAUGGUGGUGGUACACUAAGCAUUCAAUCUGAAUCUGGUAAGAAACAUGUAGCUAGCUUCAAAUGUGAACCUACUGGAGAGAUGAUUUUGGCCCUUACGUCUAAAUUGAAUUCCAAGAUUUGCUCAUCUAGGCGAGCCAGUAUUAUUGGGACAACCUCAAUUUCCCUUCAGGACUUGAUGAAUCCAGAUUCUGAAUUAUCAAUUGAGAAGUGGUUCGAAUUGAAGUCCCAUUCUCGAACUAUGGACACUGAACCUGUUUGUCUAUGGGUUGCUAUGUCUUUUACUGUUCCAGUCCCUGCUCCCUUUGAAUUUCGGAUGUUCAAGACACACCCUAUCUCCACCAAUACAUGCUUCUUACCACUUUCAGGAAAGGAAAUGUUCAGAAGUUGGACUUGUUUCCUUGAUCAUAGUGGUGAUGAAGUCAUCCGUUUAUGCAUCAGAAAUUUGAAGAAAUCAAAAGGUUCAAACACUACUGCUUCAGAGAAGAAAGUGGUUGGCAUAUCAAGUCUAUGGAGACAACAACGCCUGCUAGCAGAGUGUGCAGAUAACAGAUGGUCACUGAAUGACUAUAAUUUCUCACUAGUUGUUGAGAAGAUAAAAGGUCAAGAUGGUUCUAUACUUGAGAUCAAAGGUGAUCACCAGAUGAAGCUGUUCCUCGGAAAAUGGCUGGAAUAUGAAUCCGACAGUUUAAAGGUAAGGAAUGACAAGGAGUUGUUCAUCACACUCGUAGAGUUAUCAGCUGAAAAUCCAUAUGGAAAAGCAGUAGCAUUGUUUGACAUGAAAUCGAGCUCAGUCGAGGUGAAUGAGGAGAGGUUUGUUUUGCUUGGUGUCCUGUUGGCCUUCAUACUCAAAGACAUAAUUAAAGGAGGAGGAGAAAAUGCCCUCCUCAUUCUCAACAAAGAAGAUGUAGAAGAGAUCUCCAAAUCAAAUGUUGAAUCUGUUAAACAGAAGUCGGAAAGAGGUUUGACUCAAAUCCCUCCCUGGCAGCAAUAGUAGCUGUUAUCGGAACAGGCGUUGACCCGAGAUUAAGCGUGGAAACCGUGUGUGACGAGUGUGGAGGUGAUAUGUUGGCUGGUGUUCAGAGUGGCGGCGGCUGUGGUGAUGCUAGCGGCGCAACUGCGAACGCAACGAUCGACCCAUGUAAUCUACUUACUGCUUGGAUGAUGAAUAAUGUGUUGGCGAGGCCUGCACUGUGUGCGGACAAAGACGUACUCUGUUGAUGUAAUGCAACGUUGAAGCUUUUGCUUCUCUUCGUA